AUGGGAGCAACGGUUAACUUCAGACUGAUUAGAAUUAUGGAAUCGAGAGUACACAGGAGUUCGAAAAUCCAAGUGGAUCUAUACCACGGACCCCAAAGCCUCUCCACCUCUCUCCCAUCUCUCGUCUCUCGUUUUCUGUCUUGCUCCCGUGUCUCCCUGUGCGUAUGUCCAUUCACGCAAACUUUUCUCUUGCCCCCCCUACCCUUCCAAACCGCGUUGCUGCUGUAUGAACGAAUCCGUUUCAUCCCCAGAUCCGUUUUUGAACCCUCCCUCUACCAGUCUUGA